AUGUCUCGACUUACGAUUCUCUUUGUCAUCGCUGCGGCGUAUGGAGUACUUGGAGAUGUGAGGAAAGACGCCCCCGCUGCUGAUUCUCGUGCGGACGCGAGUGGAUUAAUCGGUUAUGGAAAUGGAAUCGGUGGAUAUGGGCUUGGUGCUUCAGCAGCCGGUAUCUCUAAUGGAGCAGGUCUCAUCGGUUCCUCCGGUGGUAUCAUUGUUGGAUCUGGUCUGAUUGGCGGAGGUGGUAGCUUAAACAACGCUGCCGCUGUCGGUGCUGCUCAGCUCAGCGCUAUCCAAAACGCUCAGGCCGUGCAGGCUACUCAAAUCGCCAACGCCGCUGCCGCCGCUAUCCAGGGUGCACGUGUUACUGAAGCUGCUGCUAGAGCAGGACAGGCUAACGCUAUUCAGAAUGCUCAGGCUCUAGACGCAGCACGUAUCGCUAAUGUUCAAAGAGCUCAAGCUGCUGCCUAUGAAAACGCUCGUGCUGCUGAUGCUGCGAGACGCGCUGCUUCUGCUGCAGCGGCUGAAUUCGCCCGUGCUGUUGAAAAUGAGCGCGUUGCUAACGCCGCUCGCGUGCAAGCUGCCGCUAUCGCCAAUGCCCGUGCUGUAGAGGCGGCACGUAUCGCCAAUGCCGCUAGAGCUCAAGCUGCCGCAGUCGCUACAAGCGCUGCUCAAGCUCAAGCUGUCGCUGACACGGUAGCGAGAAACGCCCAAGAUGGUGCUUUAUUACUUGGCGGUGGUUCCGGACUCAUAGGAGGAGGCGGUCUUGGCGGUCUUGGAGGUCUCGGCGGCCUCGGCGGAGCUGUUUAUCAAUCAGUCGCCAUCGCACCCGUCGGCAUCAGUGACGGAUAUGGCCUUGGUGGCGGAUACGGUCUUGGAGGCGGAUACGGUCUUGGUGGCGGAUACGGUCUUGGUUAUGGGAAGAAACUA